CCUAGGCAGCUGACCUCUGUCUCUGUCUCUCUCUCUCUCUCUCCAUCUCUCUCUCCCUCCAUCUCUCUGUCUCUCUCUCUCUCUCUCCCUCCAUCUCUCUACAUCUCUUUUAACUUAUCUUCUCCUCUGACUUACCAACAUGUAUCGGAACCCGUGGAUCUCGAGUUACCUGACUCAUGUCAAGUUCUGCAGCCAAGGACUCGGGUGUGAGGCCUCCAUUAAAGUGAGCCGCCCCAGACUGCUGCAGGAGAGAGCGUUGAGCUUCCAGGAAGAAUUCUCCCUCGACGAAAAAGACGACCCAGCAAAAAGCACCAAGGACAUAGAUGUUAGUCUCUUGGCCAAUCUCCCCAAAGUCUCUGAGUUGAGGAAACGCUUUGAAGGCACGAGUGAGAUGAACAGAAAGGAGCGUACAGCUCGGCGGUUGGAGGGCAUCGAGGGGGAGCUGCAGCCGUCUCUGCUCCCGAGUUUGGUGGCCAACCGGCUUCUGGAGGAGGACACGCCCCGAUACACCAGGGCCUCUGAUCCUGGUGAGCCCUUUGGUGUUAUAGUCCAGCGGUAUGGCAUGGAGGGAUCCGAAUGCACAGAAAGGCAACAGUCCACGGCUCCCUGCAGACCUGACCCUCAGUCCUCCACCUCCACCGCCGGUGCCCCUGAGCUUGAGUCCAAGGCUGAACGUAUCGCCCGCUACAAGGCGGAGCGGCGCAGGCAGCUGGCGGAGCGCUACGGCAUAUCUCUAGACCAGGACCCGGACCCGGAGCAGCGCUACACUCGCACCCGGAAGGAUUCGGAAGGCUCAGAGAGGCAAACCCGAGGGGCGUCGGUGGGGGAGGACGGGCGAGACGUCAACCCAAGUUCUUACACUGACACCUCCGACACCAGCCUAAGGGCAGGUCACGCGGCGCCACAGCAACGCCGCCCCGACCCGGGUCACGAGACGGGUCGGACCAGGGUGGACUCCUUCACAGAGAGGGAGAGGCUGAUGAACCUGGAGAAUCAGCGCAGAGCGGCUCCGCACGAGCCUCCGUCCUCUUCUACGUACAUGGACGUGACAUUGAUUUCCUCGGCAGCCAGGGUUCCGGCCAAGGACUCCUCUGUCACAGGAAUGCCACCCAGUUCCCCCAAGUUGAGCAGGCACCUUCCCCUCUCCUCGCCUCCUGGGGACAUCGAGCAGCACCCCCACCACGUCCUCACCAGACACGGUGCGAGGGCAAAACUCAGCACUGAUUGGUUCCUCAAGACUGAUGCUGAAGGCGACACCCAUUCCCUCAUCAACUGGCCCUCCAGAAUCCGAGUUAGGGAGAGACUUGCCAAGGAGGAGGGCCGCCAGAGGAGCCCAGAGCUGGGAAAUGUUACGGAAGUGACAGGGUAUCGCAGACCCCAGACUCAAACCUCUACACACCAUCAUGCAGAUCCACCAGGGCCCCAUCAGGUCUACCCCCAUCCUCAGCAUCAUCCCCAGGCUUGUCUCAGCCGACCUGGGCCACCGGAAGGUCAAGAAGUUGGGGAUUACCCCACUUACUUGUCCAUGGCUUCCGGUCCCACGUCCGGUUCCGGGCAGCAAGAGCCACAGGAAGACGAUACUGAGGAGUCGGAGGACAUCAAGACAGAGAGCCUCUUGAGGAGCAGGAGAGCAGUGCUGCCCUCAGAGAUUCGCCGCAGGGAGAGGAGCACUGAGGACCCAUGGAGAGGAAGGGGGGAGGAGGAGCAAGGGAAUACAAGGGUGCUGAGUCUGGCAAGAGAGGCAGACGUAGAAGAACCGGCAAGAGGACGCCGCCGAACCAGAGCCAGGAUGGACGAAACGGAGCAUACCUCCCCGGGAGGUCUGCCAGCACCAGACAGGCCGGGAGAGCAGGAGAACGCCAACUACAUCCACAAAGGGGGGAACGCCACCUGCAUCCAGCCCAAAGCAGCCCCGAGCCGCCUGGUGUCCGAUGCUGGGGAUCCACCAGGGUUCAAUCGGAGGAACCCGCCGCAGCACGCCCACCACCCCAGAGCGGUCAGCGAGGCCGACGGUGUCGGCAUCCAAGCGAGUCCCCAGGACAGUCGGGUGUCUGUGGCCCAGCUCAGGCACUCCUACAUCGAGAGCACCACCACCCCUCCCACCGUCCGCAGGAACGAGCUGUCCCGUGCCCGUUCAGAUCUUGCUCCCGCUAAAGCUGACGAAGAGAAGCUGGAUGAACGGGCCAAGCUGAGCGUGGCGGCUAAGCGCUCUCUCUUCAGGUUAUUAAGGAGCAGUGGGCAUGACCUCCCCACGCUCACCACCAGGGUUCUACUGUCUCUGGUGUCACCUCCCCUCAGCCUGCAGGCGUCCUCUCAGAACAGAGCUCGGGAUCAAAGGCGCGAGGCCCGGCAGGUGCAGGACAUCCAGGAGGUCCAGGUCUCUAAGCCGGUUUCCACAGUGGAGGGAAACGACCCGGGUCCAGAUGAGCCUGACCUCAGCACUCUCAGCCUGGCGGAGAAGAUGGCGCUGUUCAACCGGCUGGCUCAGCCUCCCAUCAGGGUGACGCGCAGCAGGGCGGAGCGCCGGACCGCCGGCCGCUACCAGACCCAGCCCAUCACGCUGGGGGACCUGGACCAGCUUCAAACCGGUCCAGGCUCCGGGUUCCCCGCCUCUUCAUCGCCCUCCUCCGCUCUGAGGGGAGGCGCCGUGUCCACGGACCACGCCGGAGACAUAACCCGGGUCGAGCCCCCCGGCCCGGAGGUCCCCCCCCGGAGGGCCUGGGACUCGGCAGACCAGCAGAGGUGCCAAACAUUAACGCUCCGAGAAGGCGGAGCUGAUGAGGGAGGAGGGAAGAGAAAGCUGCCCUCUCCAGAGGGAGCGGUCAGGCAGCCUGGGAGAGAGAGGGAGGAGGAGGAGGGGGAGGAAGGGUGGAGAGAGAGAGACCUGCAGAGCUCAGAGAGACGGACGGUCCAGGAGAGCAGCAGGGCCGUCAGUGGAGAGUCCUCCGUGGUCACGCCCUCAGCGGGGGAGGGGGGGCAGCUCAGCGCCAUGAUGACGGCCCGACAGAUGUCCAUCAGAGAGCGAGUGGCGUUGUUGAAGAAGAGCGGCGAGGACGACUGGAGGAGCCGGAUCAACAGGAAGCAGAAGGCGGCAAAGCUGAGAGAGGCGGAGCCAAGCCUCAGGACGAAGGAGGAUGAAGUGAUGAUGAUCGAUGAGUUCACCAUGCCAGAACAACUCUGGGAGCCAGCCUCCACCUCCUCCUCCUCCUCUCCUCCAGAGUCUCCCUCCCGCAUUCCUUCCCCCGAUGAGUCGGCCAGCCAGACCACCAGAUCUCCCAGAACCAUGCAGGUGGAUGAGAGACACCCCUGGAGACGGAAGAGGACGACGGAGGCGGAGAUGGAGGCGGAGAUGGAGGCCGAGGUGGAGGUGGAGGCGGAGGUGGAGGCCGAGGUGGAGGUGGAGGUGGAGGUCCGGGGGCUCGAGUCCCACCUGUCCAUCCAGGAGAGGAAGCGGCUGAUCGUGGCCCAGGAGGAGGCCUGGAAGACGAAAGGCCACGGAGCCGCCAACGACUCCACCCAGUUCACGGUGGCCGCGCGCAUGGUGAAGAAAGGGUUGGCCUCCCCAUCAGCCCUCCAGUCUCCAGUGUCCUCCAAACCCAAGACCAGCAGCCUGGCCGUCUCCAGACCUCCAGAAGAGAUCAAGGCUGUGCCAGAUCUGAACCUGGAGUCAGACUUGAAGCUGGAUCAACUGGAGUCGUUUCUCGGGAAGCUCAACAGCAAAGUGUCUUCACUUCCAGAAGCAACCAUCACGGUCACACAGAAGAAGGUUAAGGAAGUGAUGACCCUCGAAGACGAAACCUUUUCCAAGUUCUACCGCCAGGUGGAAGAGCUCCCCUCCGCCGCCAGCCCGCUGGACUUCCACGACUUCGAUGCCAUCUUCGGCCCCCAGCUGCCAAAGCUGACCUCUGAGAUGGAGCAGCACAAGCGGGCCGUGCGCCCGGCGCGUAACGUCCCGUCGUCCAGGAACCCUCUGAAGCUGCUCGCCGCCAGACAGGACAUCAGACACGAGUACACGGAGCAGAGGCUGAAUGUCGGCCUGCUGGAGAGCAAGAGGAUGAAGGCUGAGAAGAUGAACAAGAACUCUGGGUUCUCCGACGUGGCUCUGGCCGGUCUGGCCAGCAAGGAGAACUUCAGCAGCAUCAACCUGCGCAGCGUCAACAUCUCCGAACAGAUGUCCAACAACAGCGCCGUGCCUUACAAGAAGCUCAUGCUGCUGCAGGUCAAAGGCCGACGGCACGUCCAGACCAGGCUGGUGGAGCCCAGAGCGUCCUCCCUGAACAGCGGAGAUUGCUUCCUGCUCGUCACGCCACACCACUGCUUCACCUGGACCGGAGAGUUCGCCAACGUCAUCGAGAAGAACAAGGCUUCAGAGUUGGCGAAUUUCAUCCAGAGAAAGAGAGACUUGGGUUGCCGUGCCAACCACGUCCAGGUGAUCGAGGAGGCCGCCGGCCACACGGCUCAAGACUUCUGGACGCUUGUGGGGGGGCAGUCGGGUUACCAGUCCGCGGGAACGCCCGAUGAAGACGAGCUGUACGAGGGCGCCAUCGUGGAGACGAACUGCAUCUACCGCCUGAUGGUGGACAAGCUGGUCCCAGAUGAUGACUUCUGGGCCAAGGUGCCCCGAUGUUCACUGCUCCUCCCCAAAGAGGUUCUGGUGUUUGACUUUGGCAGCGAGAUGUACAUCUGGCACGGGAAGGAGGUGACGCUGGCCCAGAGGAAGACGGCCUUCCAGCUGGCCAAGCACCUGUGGAACGGCACCUUCGACUACACCAACUGUGACAUCAACCCGCUGGACCCGGGGGAGUGCAACCCCCUCAUACCCAAGAAAGGUCAGGGCCGCCCCGACUGGGCCGUGUUCGGCAGGCUGACUCAGCACAACGAAACCACCCUGUUCAAGGAGAAGUUCCUGGACUGGAGCGACUCCAGGAGAACACCAAGCCCCGCCGAGAGCCAGGACCACCUCUCCAGCCCGAAGGAGACGGCCACCUCGGUCCAGCCCCGCGCGUACGCCGCCGCCCCGAUGCCGCCCCUCCACGCGCCGCCCGUCGGCACCAAGCUGGACGGGCUGGACGUGGGGCGUGGCUACGGCCCGGUGGAGGCCGGGGAGCGGCGCAGCGCCGCCAUCAGCACGCUGGCGGUGGAGCUGUGGCACAUCCUGGAGUUCGACUACAGCCGCCUGCCGCGCCAGAGCAUCGGCCAGUUCCACGAGGGAGACACAUACGUGAUGAAGUGGAAGUACAUGGUCAGCACCGCGGUGGGCCGGAGGCAGAACCCCGAGCGGCAGCACCAGAUGGCGGGGAAGGAGAAGUGCUGCUACUUCUUCUGGCAGGGCCGCAACUCCACGGUCAGCGAGAAGGGCACGUCGGCCCUGAUGACGCUGGAGCUGGACGAGGAGCGCGGGGCGCAGCUCCAGGUGCAGCAGGGGAAGGAGCCUCCGUGUUUCCUGCAGUGCUUCGAGGGAGGAAUGGUGGUCCACUCGGGGAGGAGGGAGCAGCAGGAGGAGAGGGCCCACAGUGACUGGCGUCUGUACUGCGUGCGGGGGGAGGUGCAGGUGGAGGGCCACCUGCUGGAGGUGGCGUGUCACUGCAGCAGCCUGCGCUCCAGGGUCUCCAUGGUGCUGCUGAGCGCCGGCCGGGCCCUCGUCUACCUGUGGCACGGCUGCAAGUCUCAGGCUCACACGCGGGAGGUGGCGCGCACCACGGCCACCCGGAUCAAAGAGCACUGUCCUCUGGAGGCCGGCCUCCACAGCAGCAGCACGGUGGCCAUCAGGGAGUGUGCCGAGGGGGCAGAGGACUGGGCCUUCUGGGAGCCCCUCGGGAGGCGGGACAGGAAGGCCUACGACUGCAUGCUGCGAGACCCAGGCAGGUUUAACUUCUCACCUCGUCUGUACCAGCUGAGCAGCAGCUCAGGGGAGUUUGCAGCGGUGGAGUUCCUUGACCCCGCCAGAGCCCCCAAGGAGGUCAACUCCAUGCCCUUCCUGCAGGAGGACCUGUAUGCGGCCUCCCAGCCAGCGCUGUUCCUGGUGGACAACCACCACGAGGUGUACCUGUGGCAGGGCUGGUGGCCUCAGGACAGCCAGAGCACCGGCUCGGCCCGCAUCCGCUGGGACUCGGACAGGAAGUGUGCCCUGGAGACGGUGCUGCAGUACUGCAGAGAGAAGAACCAGAAGAACCAGAAGAACCCUCCCAAAGCGUACCUGAUCCACGGAGGUCUGGAGCCGCUCACCUUCACCAACAUGUUCCCCAGCUGGGAGCACCGAGAGGACGUGGCUGAGAUCACCGAGAGGGGGGCCGAGGUGUGUAACCAGAUCAUCCUGGUGGAGGACGUGUUGGCCCGGCUGUGUCAGAGCGCGUACCCUCUGGCAGCCCUUCUGGCCCGGCCUCUGCCUGAGGGCGUGGACCCCCUUCGCCUGGAGGUCUACCUGUCUGACGAGGACUUUGAGAGCGGCCUGCAGGCGACCCGCCAGGAGUACGGCGCCCUGCCGGGCUGGAAGCAGGUGGAGCUCAAGAAGGCCAGAGGACUCUUCUGACGGACACGACGCGGCUCGGAGCUCCGCCUCUCGGGAGCUCCGCCCCUCCCGAGGUGGUCGGCGAACCAGGGGCCGCUUUGUGCUGCAC